AUGAUUCUGUUUCCGUUAGUAUUGUUACUUUCUAUCUCAUCCGGUCUUCGAGGCCAAGAGGAAAUGGCAGAAUUUGCAAGGACUUUGUUACAUCAGCAUAAUUACGUUAGACAAACGAGAAAUCAAUGUGAUUAUUAUUGGAGUACACCAUCUGAGACAAAACUUGGAAAUCUUACAUGGGAUGAUGGAUUACAUGUAACUGCUCAACAGUAUGCAGAACAGUGUGAAAACUCACCUAGCCGUUUAAGUGACAGAACUACAUGUAGAUGGAAAUCAGUCGGUCAGAAUAUUGCUCAAGUUCAUUCAGUUUCAUAUGCUAUCAAUGUUUGGCGAGAUGGAAGUCGAUUUUAUAGUUUUAAAAAUGAUAAAUGCGGAGAGAAUCACGAUUGUUCUAUGUAUAAACAAAUUGUAAACAUUAACACAACACAUGUUGGAUGUGGAGUUCACAUGUGCAAUAAAAACAUAAAUAAAGGAAAAUAUAUAGUUGUUUGCAAUUAUGCUCCAGCGGCUAGUAAAGGAAGACCAUACGACGAUGGAACAAACACCAGAUGUAAACAAUGA